GCGGCUCCGCUCCGCCUCCGCGGGCAGUGCGCAUGCAUGGGGCGGCCGCCCGGCCCCUGAGUCACCGUGCGCUCCGCGGCCGCUCCCCUGGAGCAGCGGAAAAGGCGGCCACSAUGAACCGCUUGGGGAAGAAAGCGAACGAGACCCUCAUCGAGAUGGCUCUGUCGGCGGACGAUGACAUUGCGAUUCUCACCAAGUUCCAGCCAUCCCUGUCAGAAGGGGAAGAAUGCAAUGGACCUUUAUGUGAAACUGUUUCAACUUCAGGAUCAGAAAUCCCGAGCAGCUCUGAGGGUCUAAGCAGCACUGAGACUACUUUACUCAUCCCUGGACAUCAAGUGCAGAGUGGAAGGAAGUUCAACCUGUUCCUGAAGCGGCGCCUCAGGAUUGAUAAAAGACAUCAGAGCAAAGAUUCUAUUUUCUUCAGGGAUGGUGUCAGGAGAAUUGAUUUUGUUCUCUCCUAUGUGGAUGAUCUUAAUAAGGAAUGGGAAAAAAAGUUGGAAAGGAGAAAAGARUUUGAGAGCAACCUGCAAAAGGCUGGUUUGGAGCUAGAAACAGAAGACAAGAAGGAAUCCGAGGAUGGCAAGAUCUACUUUGUGAAGAUCCACGCGCCGUGGGAGGUGCUGAUCACCUACGCAGAAGUGCUGAACAUCAAAGUUCCCAUCAAGGAAAAUGACAUUCCCCCCAUGGUGGAGAACCCCCUGGACUGUGUKCUUUUCCCACUCAGGCUGCCUGAGAAGGUGAUGCACCCCGAGCCUGAUUAUUUCACGGCGCCGUUCAGCAAGGACAAGCAGGAGCUGUUCCUCAUUAACGAUGAGAGCACCUUCUUCUCMCCAUCCAUGAGGAACAGAAUUGUGAAUUAUAUUCUUACACGUUGCCCAUACGGAACAGAAGAAGGGAAGAAAAAAUUUGGGAUUAAGAGRCUGCUGAACAACGGCACCUACACAGCUGCAUAUCCUCUUCAUGAUUGCCAGUACUGGAAGAAGGCGAGUGACCCGAACUGUGACAGUGAGAGGCACACGCUCUACGUGGAGUGGGCUCGCUUCCUGCGCUUCUACAAGGAGCAGCCUCUGGACCUCAUCAGGAAGUACUAUGGAGAGAAGAUUGGAAUCUAUUUUGCCUGGCUAGGAUUUUACACUGAGAUGUUAUUCCUUGCAGCAGUUGUUGGCUUAAUCUGUUUUCUUUAUGGCUUGUUUACCAUGGAUGAAAAUAUGAGCAGCAAAGAAAUCUGUGACCCUGCAAUUGGAGGUGCCAUCAUCAUGUGCCCACUUUGUGACCGAGAUUGUGAAUAUUGGAGGCUGAACACCACCUGUGAGCCCUCGCGGUAUUCCCAUUUGUUUGACAACGUGGCAACUCUAUUUUUUGCCAUUUUCAUGGGGAUAUGGGUCACGCUUUUCUUGGAGUUUUGGAAGAGGAGGCAAGCCAGACUGAAGUAUGAGUGGGAUUUGGUUGAUUUUGAAGAGGAACAGCAACAACUCCAGCUGAGGCCUGAGUACGAGGCAAAAUGUACCCAAAAGAAGAAGAAUCCCAUAACUCAGGAGAUGGAGCCUUAUUUGCCUUUAACCAGCCAGGCUGUGCGGUUCUGCAUCUCGGGGGCUACAGUGUUGUUCUGGGUGUCCCUGAUCAUAGCCAGCAUGAUAGCUGUGAUCGUGUACCGCCUGGCCGUGUACGCCGCCUUCGCCAGCCUGAUGGAGAACACGCAGACCCUGGAGCCCAUCAGCGGCUUGCUGACCCCUCAGCUGGCCACCUCUGUCACUGCCUCCUGCCUCAACUUCGUCAUCAUCAUGAUCCUCAACUUCUUCUACGAGAGGAUUGCCAUCUGGAUUACUGAUAUGGAGAUCCCCAGGACUCAUAUGGAGUAUGAGAACAGGCUCACUAUGAAGAUGUUUUUGUUCCAGUUUGUCAACUACUAUUCCUCCUGCUUCUACGUGGCYUUCUUCAAAGGGAAGUUUGUUGGUUACCCAGGUGGUUACACAUACAUGUUCAGUCGCUGGCGAAAUGAAGAGUGUGACCCUGCGGGCUGCCUGAUAGAGCUGACGACACAGCUCACCAUUGUCAUGGCUGGCAAACAGAUCUGGGGGAACAUCCAGGAGGCCAUUGUCCCAUGGAUUUGUAACUGGUGGGGUCGUCGGAAAGCCAGAAAUAAUCCCGAAAAUUUGUACAGUCGCUGGGAGCAGGACCACGACCUGCAGACAUUUGGACCCUUAGGCCUGUUCUAUGAAUAUUUAGAAAUGGUCAUCCAGUUUGGAUUCAUCACUCUCUUCGUGGCAUCCUUUCCCCUGGCUCCCCUGCUGGCUCUGAUGAACAACAUCCUGGAGAUUCGAGUGGACUCCUGGAAGCUGACCACUCAGUACAGGAGACCCGUGGCUGCCAAAGCACACAGCAUAGGGGUGUGGCAGGAGAUCCUCAAUGCCAUGGCCAUCCUGUCUGUGGUCACUAAUGCUUUUAUCGUUGCAUUCACAUCAGAUAUGAUCCCUCGUUUGGUGUACUACUAUGCUUAUUCUGAAAAUGACGACUCACCUAUGUCUGGAUACAUAAACAACAGUUUGUCAGUGUUUCAAAUCUCAGAUUUUCCUCCAGGCAAGAAACCUAAAGAGAACCCAGAAGACUUUGUGGUGUGCAGGUACAGGGAYUAUCGGUACCCUCCGGAUCACGAGAAGGAAUACACCCACACUAUGCAGUUCUGGCACAUCCUUGCUGCAAAACUGGCCUUUAUCAUUAUUAUGGAGCACGUCGUAUUCAUUGUCAAGUUCUUUGUGGCGUGGAUGAUUCCUGAUGUUCCUGCAGACGUGAAAGCCAAAAUAAAACGUGAGAAGUAUUUAACACAAAAAAUCCUCCACGAGUAUGAACUUGAAAAACUGAAGGAGAGACUGUGCCAAGGUGACAAACAAGCCACAGAAAAAGAGUUCAUUGCCACAGAAGGGAGAAUGGAGCUAUCCCGAGCCAUGUAGCCAGAAACCCAACUUUGUUUGGGAUUUAACUCRUUUUUAGCUUUUUUGAAUCUGUGGUUUGCUCAGUAUGCAUCAUGUUGGAAGCUGYAGGGGAGUUCAACCCUUCUCUUUCAGUCCAAAGAUUUGAGACUUUUCUUUAAAAGCUUUACUGAGCUUUCAAGGUUUAGGAAAUCGACUCAACUGUGUAUGAUUUUGACACUGGUUUUUAUUUACCCGUGACUUUGAAUAUUUAAUGUCAUCUUGUAAUCCUAGAAUCUGGACUCCUGAUAUAGGGACUGUUAACCUCAAAGGGCUUAAAAAGGUUGAAACCACCAAGCCCCCUUCUUGUUGUUAAUUGCAACAUUUGAAUCUGUAUCCCAGCUGGCUGAAAAAAGAGGACCACUGUUGUGGAAAAUGCUGGGAGUUAUUAUUUUUACUGUGUGGUCAUUUAAACAGAACACUCCCGAUACAAGGAUUAAGGUUUGGUUUUUUUUGGGUUUUUUUUAUGUUCACUGUGUCUUAUGAAAGAUUGAUUUGGACUUCUACACAUUUUGUAGAAGGAAUUGAUUUUUAAAGAUGUAUUGGCUUAAUUCCGCUUGGAAUUAUUUAUAGGCACAGAAUUGAGUUAAUGCAUACUAGUGAAGGAAAAAAAAGCCAUAAUUAAUUUUCAUUAAGAUACAAUUUACUCUUUAAACACAAAUAUUGUGGAAUCACCUAAUUGCAGUGGGUUUUGAAGAGAGGCAUACAAUUUGGAGAAUUMCAGUUAUUUAAUUUCUCCUUCUCAAAAACUGCCAUUGGAAGAUGAUGUUUGACCUUGUUUUUGGCCAAAGCUGCUCCUUUAUUUAUUUCUUUGGAUUCUCUGAAUGCAGCAAAGGGCUAAAGCUGUGUGUCUGUCCCUGAUGCAUACUAUGGACUGUUCCUGCACUCCAUGGGAGCUGGA